AUGGCCACCAAGUUCCUAGGGCACGUCAGUCGCGAGGACAAUCCCAAAUGGAAAGCCGUUGACGCCUACACUUCGGCCCAUUUACUCGCACCUUCACGGAACAAAUACCAUGAUGCUCUGGAGUUUGCCUACUACAACUCUUUGAAGAAAGGACUCCCUGACAUUGCUUCCUAUCCCGCCCAGGGGAAGCUGCUGUCAAUUCAAAUCCAAAUUGCAGGAGCCAAAAACAUCCUAGAGGUUGGAACCUUAGGAGGCUAUGCUUCUAUUUGGAUGGCAUCCGGCGCUGGCCCGGAUGGCAGAGUCACUAGCGUGGAGGUCAAUCCCAAGCACAAAGAGGUUGCCGAGGAGAACAUUGCCAAUGCCGGCCUGAGCAAUCAAGUCGACGUCCUACUCGGCCCGGGAUUGGAGGUUCUACCGGCUCUCGUGGAUGAGGUCAAGGCCGGCAAGCGUGAACCAUUUGAUUUUGUCUUCAUCGAUGCCGACAAAGAGAACAACUUGGCAUAUUUUGACCUUGCUCUGCAAAUGGUUAAGCCACGGACCUGCAUCUACACUGACAAUGUUGUUCGAUGGGGCAAGCUUGCCGAUGAGGCCGAGGCGCAAAAGGAUGCCCGGGUGGCCGGCUCAAGGAAGCUGAUUGAGGCCAUAGGGAAAAAUGACAGGGUCGAUGCCGUGGUCAUCCAGACUGUCUCGGAGAAGACCUAUGACGGGUUUCUUCUUGCUGUUGUCAAAUAG